AUGAAUCGAUUUCGCAAGAACAAGAAGGUCAAGGAGGUGAAGGAUACUUUGGGUGAGCUGGAGGGUGGCUCAUCAAGUUCCUCCCCCUUUAGCUUGAAACCGUCUAAGAAGAAGGAUGCCCCCGAAUCGACACCACAGCUAGAUUUUACCGCAGCCCUCCCGCCGACAGAUGAUUUUCGAACCAGCCUACUAAUGCCGAAGCUGUCGGCCCGGUUCAGCAUGCUGAGAGAGCAGGACGACCCGGAAUCCAAGAUAGGCAAGGCUAGUGAUGACAGUGUUCUGUUUCCCAAGCGUGCCUCUCGACUGAACCUCUUUGGACACAACCCCAACAUGCUCACCGAUAUCGACGAAGUAUCCUCCAAUGAUGGCAGCUGCCGACCUUCGAUGGCCCUGGGACGUACCGACUCUUAUGCUUCCGGUGAUUUAGGAUAUGGCACAGACGAUGAUCGUUCCCAAAGUGGUAGCAUGAUGAGCAGAGCUCGACGAGCGGAUGGCAACAACCUAUUCGGAGGCCGACAAAAGGUGUAUCGGAUCCCUGUACGCCCUGGCGGAGUCCCAUCGCCCGUUUCGCCUGGCGCGGCGGCUAGUGGGAUGGGCAGGGCAGUGUACGAGCAUGACCUAAACCUGUCCGCUUUCCAAAAGAUGAGACGCAAGGAGAAGGAGGAAAGAAUGGCCGCAGAUGAAGCCGCACGCGACUCCAUCUCCCACGAAUUUGAAGACGCCAAUUCGACUAGUUCGUCACACAACCGCACAACUUACUCCUCCACAGCAUCUGGACCUACCGUCGACCCUCGCACAUCAACUGCAGCCACCUCGAUCGAUGAGAGUCAAUUUGGUUCAUCUCAGUCACAGCCACCUUACACAGGAGCGCCAGAAGGUCCCCUCGAGGCUCGGCCACCCUCCGCUAUGUCUGCCCCACGAAAUGGAUCUGUCCGAACCCGUCGUCUCUAUGGCCAGGGCUUAACACAGGCCGCACAGAGCCAGCAGAAUUCGACCUUGAAUCGUCUUGAAAGUCUGAGUCGCCAGCGUUCCGGAACACCAGAUUCGACUUUGAAUCGUAAUUACUCCCGGAGUGCCGUCAACCUACGUGAUCGACUGCAAAAACUUGCCAUUGCGGAGCCAGCUACGACGUCUCGACCAACCAGCCCGCCUUCAUCCGCCACAUCGCCGAAGCAAGCGCCAGUCCUCGAGCCGCUCUCCAAAGAUCGUAUCUCACCUACUGCUGCUACCUUUGGAAACGCCCCUCCCCUGAGCCCCCCGUCUAGUGAAACUGGCGAUGGUGCUUCCUUGUUAGCUGCAGCAUUAAACCCGGAGGACCACGGCAAAGCAACCGCCAUGGGUCUCUUCAACAGACCUGCCACUGGCUUCGAUGAGCAGGCAUUCUCGCGCCGUCAAUUAGCGAUGCACCAAGGUCGGGCCACUCCACCACGCCGAUCCUCGCCCCCACGUCAGGCUCCUCGGUAUGAACCUGGAGGUCGCUCGCGAGGCAUGUCUAAGUCAAGCUAUCGGUCUAGAGCCGAGUCAGGUUCCUCGCACUAUAGCAGCGAUGCUCACCAUGGCAUGGAUCAGUCCCGGGAUGCAUCGCCUUCGCGACCUGGAGUGAGAACCUUCUACGCUAACUCGACUGCAAGCGAGUCUGGAGAUGAAGGCGAUGAGCGCCCGUCUUACGAGGUCUCUUCUGUUACAUCGGAAUAUGGACAAUCCCUACGCAAUUCAAGCAUCGCCUCCAAACCACCUACGCCAAAUGGUGAGCAUCUCGAGACUCUUCCCGAGGUCCGCUAUUCGGAUCUCGGCGACCUUAAGCCCAUUGAAGAGAAUUCGAUGCUGGAGGCCACUGUGUUCAAUGAGGAUAGCAACGAUCUACCUCAAAGACCCGACUCGUCAGUCCUUCAAGCUGGAUUCGGCCUCAAAGGAAUCAGUUCUCAUCUUCGCCAGGAGAGUGACGUAUCCUCCAUCUAUCCUCCUCCUUCCCCUCGGCUGCCACAAUACGAGCAGGGUAUCCAAGAAGCCGCUAUUCCCGAGAAGCACAUCUCUCCCGCCGAGGAGAUUCCCCAGGAGGACGCCACUCGGCCAUCCACCGAGCAGCCAGAGACAUCGAGCCCUCGGGCAUCCUCUCGACACUCUUCUGAGACGACAGUGAACCGUUCCAGCGAGGACUCCUCAGAUAACGGGACCUACGAAAAGGAUCCGUCGUGGAAAGAAGAGCUCAACUACCAUCACCGCAGGGAUGGCAGCACUGAGACCCAGAGGGAACGAGAAGAAUUUGCCAUCGAGCUCGCGGAGCGGCGCAAGAAGGUCCAAGAGAAACUACGCAGCGUAGCCGAGGGCGAGAGUCGCCCUGGAAGCCCUACGACUGGUCGUUCAACUCCGGAUCUGACUGGACCCAAAGCCGGCAAUGCUUUCUCUCUUUUGAAGCACAAGUCAAGCAAACCGGGCUUCCAGAGACCCGAUCAGAAUGGCUUGUACGGCUUUAACAGUUCCUCUACUCCCGCGUUGAUAGAGGAGACUUGGCGCCACGAUGAACGGCCCCAGACGAACUUUGGCCGCAACGCCAAGUCCCGCGAGUCAAGCCGCAGCCGUGGUCCCUCGCCGCAACCCGGUUUCCGAUCUCAGAGAGACCGCUCGGGAUCUGAGGGCUCAAGCCGAUCCAAGAGCCGCACUAGACACCGCGAUCGCGAUGAUUUGCAAACUGUCGAGGAAGGAACGGUCAUUGCCCACGACAAUUUUGUGAUGCCGGACAACUUCGAGCCCCCUGUACCCGCCUCGGUUCCCGGCUCGCGGCGCCAAUCGUCGGAAUUCAAUGAGCCUCACGCUGGCAUGUAUGACCGCUCCCCUUCUGCUGCGUCGGGCAGAUUUCGCAGCGCAAGCCGUUCUGGUACCCCCAGCUUCCAUUAUGAACGACCUUUCCAAUUCCCGCAGGCUGCUCACCCUCCCUCAAUCAUUGGUGCAACUCCACGACCAUCUCCCGCGACCCCGGCCUACUCGGCUAAUGCAACCCCUCCGCUGAACGAUGUUCCCUCCGACCAGUCUUCGACAUCUCUGGCAGCAGCAGCUAGCAGUGCGAGCACCCUGCCCCAGCGUGCUCCCGGCCACGCCAUGCUCCAAAAGCGCCCUAUCAACAAGAAGCUGAUUUCGGAGCCGACCUUCCUCUCAUCGACAUCGAACGUCCCUACUGUUGGCCUCCCUCCAGGUGGUGCUUCUCCGCCAAACGGUGCACCCCCUCUCCCUCCGAUGAAUCCGCGUCGUCGCCGUGGGACCCAAACAAUUCUCGGUGCCUUCCGCACUGAUAAACACGACCCAUCUCGGUCUGGAUCCCCGGCUCCCAGCUUCUCAGAUGAACGUAGCUCCUUCGUGGAUGAUGAGAAGCGUCCCCAAUCUCGCAACCGUCUCCGCAAGACAUCCAGUGCGGGUGGUAGCUUGAGCGCCCGGGCACGCCAGGAGGCAAUGGCCAGCCCUGCCCCUGCUGUCCCUCAAUACCCCCCGCCCGCCAUCCCCGUUGACGGUGGCAUGUUCUAA